AUGAAGGCAUCAAGUUCAAUUUAUUUGAUAUCAAUCCUUACACUAUCACUCUUAUUUACCUUCAAUAAUCUUUCUAAUGCCGAUUUGAUCAACGAUGUUUGCAAGAAGACAGACUAUCCCGAUGUUUGCAUUUCUAUUCUAAGAUCGGACCCAACAAGUGCAAAUGCUGAUGUUCAAGAACUUAUAAUUCUUAUACUAAAAGCAUCGACUAGUUACGCUUCUAAGACCUUAAUUAAGAUCAAUGAUCUUAUGAAGGAGACAACCAAUGGCUAUAAGAAACUAUUAUACAUGGGAUGCACACACGGUUAUAAGGUAGCAAUUGCUGACAUUGCUUUGGUCGUUGAUAAACUUCGUUCAAAAUCUUAUGAUUACGCCAAGAUUGAAAUUGAUAGUUUUCGCCAAGAAGCUGAAGAUUGUGAAGAUAAUUUCAGUGCGCCACCGGGACCUAUUUAUCAAUCAAAUCUAACCGAUAGAAAUUUGAUGAUGAUGCACUUUGCUGAUAUUUGUACAAAAAUUAUUGUGCUCUACUUUUGA